CUCUGUUGUCCGAUGUACCGUUCGAUCAUGCCGUUCGAUGUAACUUACUUCCUGAUUGAGUCAUUGACGUGGAUCUGCGUUUGAUUCCGACUGUGAGAAAUGGGGAGAAUAACUCGCUACGAAGUGGUGUUUUCUAAGGAAGAUGCGAUAUUCCAGGCUGGAGAUGAAGUGGAAGGCUUUGUUUAUUUAGAUCUCAACGAGGAGUUUAAAUGCAGAGCUGUGAGGAUACGGUGUUCCGGCGAAUGCCAUACCUAUGUUGAUGAUGGCAGCUCCUCUGAGGAUGAAUGGGAAAACUAUUAUGAAGAAACCAUCACUGUCUUUGGGAAAAUGAAGGGACAGCCAGGCGAGGACCCAGUUCUUCAACCUGGGAGUUACGAAUACCCGUUCAAAUUUCAACUUCCAAUGCGAGGUUUACCGUCGUCUUUUGAAUACAAAAAACAGUAUGUUCGCUACAUGGUCAAGAGCUUCAUUGACAUACCGAGAAAAUUUGAUAGAUCUGCCAAGAAGUUUUUCACUCUUAUCCAGGUGUCGGAUCUUAAUCAGGAAAGAAAUGCCAUGAAAUCGCAACGGAAACAGGCUCAGAAGUCAGUGGGGAUGUGGUGCUGUGCCGCUGGAUAUCUAGACCUAUGGAUGCAGAUCCCAAGGACUGGUUACGUUCCUGGCGAGAGCAUUAUAUUAAAGGGUGAAGCAAAUAAUCACACCACUCGAGAAAUGAGCGCCACGACGGUUUAUCUUGCGCAGAAUAUCAAGGUGCGAGCGCAUGGAAAGAAAAAACGUUAUGGUCGUAAUGUCGUCGAGAUAAAAAAACUCAAGUAUGCUCCGGGUGAAACGUGUGUUUGGGACAACCAGCCGUUAUUGAUUCCUGCUGUUGCUCCAUCGUUCCUUAUGGGAUGCUCACUGAUUGAUCUGUACUAUUCUCUAGAGGUAUCAGCAAGUCCGUCAGGCCCGUCGUUCGACCUUGACCUCUCCUAUGACAUCAUCAUAGGGACCGUACCUCACCGUGAGGCCCUUGCGAUGGAAUCAGCUUACAUGCCCCCGCCUGCUGGUCCAAAUAUGGUGAAAAUUGGAUUCGAGGGCCAGGCCCAGGGAGGUCCACCGCCCUCGGAAGGUCCGAUACCGUUAUUGCCGCCACCAUCAUAUAACGCCUGCAUGUUCGGCGAGGUUGAACCAGAGGACAAGAGAGACAAGGGUGCCAAUGCAGAAGGGAAUCAGAAAGACAAGUUUGCACCCAGAUACACUUAUUACAACUUCCAACCUAACCCCGCAACAUAGACGGAAUGUGUAGUGUAGUCAGGCACAUGACGAUUAUGAUGGAUGGUUCCUCAUAGUUUUUAUACCUGUAUAUAAACUAGGUCAGAUAUCUCUGCAGUUCUGUCUGGCCUACCUUGUCCAAACAGCGACCAGAGAGAAUCUUAAUACUUGACUUACCAAACUCAGAAAUGCAGCGCC